GCCUAGAUCUCGUUCAUAAUACUCUUCUGACAUGUCUCACUCAUAAUAGAUCGACAGAUAUACAAAAAAAGAAAAAGGAAGUAGUCCUCUUUUAUUUUUUUAUUUUUUAUCUGUUGAUUAGGGCCUGGGGCAAGUAUUGUUGGGUUGUUUUCCUACCUACGUUUUCCCCCCCACCCACCCCUCUGCAUGCAUUUCCGGGUUGGUACAGUGCCACGUCAGACACAGUGCCAUGUCAGACACAGUGCCAUGUCAGACAGUGCCACGAAAGCAGUGCCACAUCAGACACAGUGCCACGUCAGCAGUACCACGUCAGACACAGUGCCACAUAAGCAGUGCCACGUCAGACACAGUGCCACAUCAGCAGUGCCACGUCACACAGUGCCGCGUCAGCAGAGCCACGUCAGCAACAUGACGGGCCUGCCAGGCCAACUGGCCAACGAGUCCAUUGCCGACUACAAACAGCGUUUCCACGCUCAGCUCGCUCUCAUCGAGGCUGAGGAACAACGCCAGCUGGCAGCCAAGGCUGCCCAGCUGCAGGCUGAAGCAGCGGCAACAGCAGAGAAGCUGCGGCUACAGGCCGAAGCAGACGCAGAUGCCCAGGCUCGCCGCAAGGAAGCCCAGGAUCUGCUACAGCGGCAUGAAGCCAACAGCAUCGAGAGACUCAAAUUCUGGCACUUUGAACCGAACGGCGAUGACGCGACACCGGAGGAGCAGCAUAAGGAGUUCAUGGCCAAGCUCGUGACCAAGCUGGUUUACACUUGUAACCACCUACAGUCCGAGCUGGCAAACCUUCAGCGGGCUGUGCGGAACCAUAAGACGCAGCACGAGGAUGCCACAUGGGCACCGGACGCCUGUGUACAGGACUUGGAACAUCCACCAAGACCAGAUGCUGGGGCUUCCAGCAGUGCACCCUCUAGCCGCCAACUGGAGGAACGCGUUGACCACGUAGGGGCAAUGCUUGGCGAUAUCAGCACCUUCGCUGCGCCGACCACCAUCAGCAGUCAGCUGCAUACCUUGAAGACCGAGGUCCAGCAGUUGUAGUCGACGAACACAAAUGACAACCCUAAGAUGUACAAGAUGUCAACUUUCCAACUGGAAAAGUUCGACGACUACACGCAGCAGGAUCCGG